GGGAGGAGGUUAACAAGGCGUACAGGAAGCUGGCUGUGCUGCUCCAUCCGGAUAAGUGCGUUGCCCCGGGCAGCGAGGAUGCUUUCAAGGCCGUGGUGAAUGCUCGUACCUCCUUGCUCAAGAACAUCAAGUAGGACGCUCCGCCAACCAACGCCAGCUAGGGACUCCGGUCAAUGCUCUACACUCCACCCAUGACCCCUGACCCCUCGCCCCAGAACGUCAUUAGCCUUUUCUACCCUCUCCUUAACCCUUCUCCCCCCUCCCUGCUCUCCACCCCUCCCACCAGGUGCCAUGACAUUUUGCUACAACAGAGUUUUAUAAAGUCACUACUGAUGAUGUGCCACAGCUACUCUGUCUCUCUGUAAGGAGUCAAUGCUUUAAACUGUCGUUUUUCAAACACUGCAGAGAGAAGUCAAUGGAAGACCUGGUAAGUCAUUAACUUGGUCCUAACCAGUAAGGCUGGGAAUUGCCAGGGACCUCACGAUACGAUAUUGUCACAAUACUUUAGGUGCCGAUACGAUAUGAAAACACAUUUUGAUCAGUCUUAGGGGGAAAAAAGUGCUGAAAAUGAAUUUGUUCCCCUAUUUAAAAAGGAGAUGGAGAACAAGCUAUGAAGGAUAAAUGUUGGUAACAAGAAUUAUAUUGCAAUAUUGUCAAAACAUAAUUACCCCGAUAUGUGACUGCAUCAAUUACUUCUAACCAGAUGGUGUUAGCUCUGGUCCAGAGCGUUCUAGCAGCUUGUUGAGUUAAAGGAAGCCUCAAACCUCAGCCUCAAACCCCAAACAGCAAGCAAUGCAGGUGUAGAAGCACGGUGGCAAGGAAAAACUCCCUAGAAAGGCCAAAACCU